UGUCAAAGAAAGAGGUGUGGGGAUUGGAUUUGUUAUUCCAUUUUACGAGUGUGUUUAAAAUGCUAUCAAUUUCGAUAUUUGAAUAAAUAAAAAGUGGAGAUAAUUUUUUAACACAUCGUCGGUUGUUUGAAUUGAAUAUAAUUAAUUUUCUACUAUGCCUGUUCCGAAUGCAGAACAUGUUGUUGUGGAAGAACCUCACCAAGCGAGCGCUUCAGGUGAAACGUCGGGCGAUCCGUCUACAUCAGAAAACAGAAAUCUCACAGUAAACGAUAUCGUGAUAAUCGAUCCGGAUUGCCUGGAAUUGGAUCUGAAUCACGGUCGCAUAAACAAACUGCAGAACCUCGAGGAGCUGACUUGCAUCGAGAGGCUCUUCCUGCGAUGGAAUUUGAUCACGAAAAUCGAGAACUUGGAUACUCUGACGAGCCUGGUGGAGCUCGAAUUGUACGACAAUCAGAUUACUAAGAUAGAAAACCUCGGUUCUUUGGUUAAUUUGGAGAUAUUGGACUUGUCUUUCAACAGGAUUAAGGAAAUAGAGGGUUUGGAGAACCUGAAGAACCUGAAAAAACUGUUUUUGUCUUCUAAUAAAAUCCAAAAAAUCCAAAACGUGAAUCACUUGGUGAAUUUAAAUUUGCUAGAAUUAGGAGAUAAUAAGAUAAGAGAUAUCGAAAAUCUGGAUGGUCUUGUCAAUUUGCAGUACCUCUACUUGGGCAAGAAUAAAAUAAACAAAAUCAAAAAUCUGGAUUGCUUGAUCAAUUUGACGUGUCUCAGCUUGCAGAGCAACAGAUUGACUGCGAUCGAGAAUUUGAGCAAUUUGAAAGAACUGAACGAGCUGUAUUUAUCCGAAAACGGUAUCGACACCAUCCAGAAUUUGGACGAAAAUAGAAAACUGGAAACGUUGGAUUUGGCGCAGAAUAAAAUCAAACUCAUUGAGGGCAUCUCCCAUUUGGAGAAUCUGCAGGAAUUUUGGAUGAACAAUAAUGAAAUAAGCGAUUGGAAUACAGUGGAAAAUUUGUCAGCUAUUACGAAUCUGGCUACGGUUUAUCUGGAAAAGAAUCCGGUAGCCGAAGAUCCCAUGUACAGGAGGAAAUUGAAAUUGAUCGCCCCUUCGUUGACGCAAAUAGACGCAACUCUAUGCCGUUAAAUUAAGUUUAAAAAGACACAAUAUGUAUAAAAUGGUGUAUUUGCAUCGGUUGUUCGAGGAACCCAAAUUCAUUUUUUUUUGUAACCAGUAUUAGAAUAUGUCUGGUUUAUCGAACAACUCGCAUUUAUUAAACUUGAACUUUUAACUUAUACUGAUUAGAAAUAGCAUAUUUGUUAUUUACUGUUUCCUAAAUAAAUGUGCGAUUUAUU